AUGCAGCCAUCAUCACGAGGAUUUGCAGCUCCUGGGCAGAUGCGCCGACCUACGGGACCUGGUCCCAUGUACGCAGCGAACCAUCAAGCCCAUGCGCCAGCAGCCACACAAGCCGCCCAAGCACAGCAACAACAGGAAGAAAUGCGCCGACGCGAAGCUCAGCGAAGACAGGCUCGCAAGCCGACAGACCUCGACAUUGACGACGACCUCGCCGAAGCAGUCAUCACCGAUGCCGCCAUUCUAUACCGCAAGCUACGCGACCAAGAGAAGAGAUUGGAUGCUAUCAUGACAAAGAAACGCUUAGACAUCCUGGAAGGCACGUCUGGACAGAUGCCAUCAGAGGGUGUCCUGCGCUUGUUCAUCAGCAACACAGCCGAAGCACAGCCCUGGCAGAUGGCCAACGACGGCAACGCUGGUUUCAACGAGGACGGUACUUUCGACUUCGCAGACAACCAAGCUCGCUACCGUGUCAAGAUUGAGGGCAAGCUGCUCGAAGGCUCAGAUGACGCCGACGAGGACUCGGAGCUCAAGGCCAGUCUACCACCUAUGGCCCCCAUCAAGAUGUCGCAUUUCUUCAAGCGCGUCACCGUCGACUUCAACCGUCCUGCUGCCCUACAAUCAGAUGCCUUCAACAAGAUCGAGUGGGUGAAAAAGGAGGGUGAAGCCGAUAUUGACUGCAUUGCCUUUGGUCGCAGGAGCGAUGAGGAGCUCCAAGUCACCAUCAACCUCUACCUCGACGAGCUGCCAGAACGCUUCAAGCUGAGCCCACCUCUUGCCUGGAUGCUCGACAUGGACACUGCUACACGCGCCGAAGUCGUCCAGGGCAUCUGGGAUUACGCCCGCUUGUUCAAGCUGAUCGACCAUGAUGACGAGCGUCGCAUCAACUGCGACGACUACCUCAAGCAGCUGUUCCACAACGAAUUCGCCUACUUCCCCAACCUUCCCGAGCUCGUUUCUCCACAUCUAUCUCCUCUCGAGCCCAUCAAGCUCCCUUACACUAUCCGUGUCGACAAGGACUACAUUGCUCCUGAAGACGCAUCCACACCGCCAUCCAAGUACAUGAUAUGGGAUGUGCGUGUGAAGGUCCCCAGCACCACCAAACGCUUGAUGCAGGCCAUCAUCUCAUCGCCUAGGCACAUGGCCAACCUUAAGAAGGUCACCCAAAUCAACGAUGAUACGGCACUUCUCCUCGAAAAGGCACGUCACCUCAACUCGAAGCGCAGGUUCCUCCUCUCCCUCUCUCGCGACCCUGCCACAUUCGUCAAACGCUGGACCUCAAGUCAGCAACGCGACCUCGAAAUCAUUCUCGCCGAAGCUGGAAGAGGUGCCGGUGAUGAAGGUUAUGCUGGUGAAGAGUUCCGCAGAGGUGGAAAGGACGGCGCGUGGGGUACCGAUCUGGCUCGCGAAGCUGUUGGCCUAUGGCUGGCAAGACAAAAGAAUCAUUAG